CGCACUUGGCAGAUAGAACAGAAAAAAAGUGGAUAAUGGCUUCGUUAUCGGUUUCUCCUCUCUUAUCCAUGCGACUGAGAGCACCAACCUACUCAUCUUCUUCCACUCUCACCGCUUCAAAAUCAACUUCCCUCUGUCUCAAUUCCUCCAACGUUCGCUCUCCAUUGCUUCAUUGCUCCUUCGCUGCCUCUCUCUCGUUCCAUUCUUCCUCCCUUUCAGGUUUGUCAUUGAGAUCAAAUUUGACAUCUAAUGUUGGAUUAAGAAAACAAAGUAGUCGCCGCCUGGUUAUUGUAGCAGCAGGAAGGCAGGCUCUUAAUCUAACAAAGAGAAGUAGAUCACGGAAAUCACUGGCACGCGUUCAUGGCUUCCGCAUACGAAUGAGCACAACAAGUGGAAGAGCUAUCUUAAAGCGACGACGUGCCAAAGGACGAAAAGUCCUUUGCACCAAGACCCACCAUAAUAGGGGCAAAUAGUCACAAAAAAGGGCCUAAGAAUUCUUCUAUUUACAUGUAUUGAUUCUAAAACUUGUCUGCAUUUCAAUUUUUGUAACACAUGCUACAUUUUGAUCCGAGUUCGACUAAAUAUCAACCUUUGAACACAUUCUACAAAA